AUGAAAGCCGUUCAGACCCCGACGUGGCUUCGAGCUGAGGCUUUACAGCAUCUCCCCUUCCUGUAUUGCACCAGAACCAUCCUCGGUGGACGACAGCGAGGGAGAAGACCGCAGGGCUAUGGGACCUUUUCCACUGCGACUCACCUGCACCAGAUCGAGGAUGGAGUCACGGAGAAAGAGGUCCAGAUGCUCAAACCCAAAACCCAAGAGGAGCGGGGGAAUUACUUUCAGGAGAAACUAGCGCACCAGUCAAAGGAACAGGGAAAACAGCAGGAUCAGAUGAAGAAGAGUUCGCAGCCCGUAGGGGCAAGCAAGAAACUUGGGAAGGGCAAUACUUCCACGAUGACGGCAGCAGAGAGGCAGGUCUUCAAAAAGAUUUUCCAGGAGAUAGCCACUGGCUCUGGACGGGACAAGACAAAGGCGUCUCCAUUACCAGAGCAAAAGACACCCUUGUCAACAGACUACCGCGAAAUCUUCUCGCUAUUCAGCAGUGCCGCCAGUGAAGAAGGGUCAGGUCAGAACAAGAAGGGAGCAGCACAAGCAACCUCCAUCGGCGGGCAAAGCUCACCUGCUGGUGGAGGACGGCAGGCAAGUCAAACACUAUCAGAGCAGGACCGGGAACAUAUACAGAAGUAUCCUGAACGACUACGAAAGAUUGCUUCUCGUGCCACAUUAUUGGCAAAGGCAGAACCCCAGAACGGAAUGUCGAAAGAAUUCGAGGAACACCAGAACGACUUCUUCGCGGCGGAGAGCGAGUUUGCUGAAGCGUCUGCCGUACAAAAGAGACACGUUGAUUCCAUCUGUGUCGAGCAGAUGAAAAACAUCUCGGAACAACUCAUCGAGGCCGCCAAAGUUGACGAUGGACAACUAUGGCUUACCUGCGAAAAGUUGGUCUUGCCUUUGCUUGCAUUUCUCGAAGAAGAUCCUUCCCGACCUUCUACCAAUCCAGCAACGGGCUCCUCACCAGCGUAUGGUACUGCCACCUCUUCGCAAGGAACCGAACAGCACCUAGCAAGCCCACCCGAACCCGAAUACUCCUUCACCAUGAACCCUAAUGCAAGGCGGCAGCAACGAAACCUCCAAAUGAAAGCCCCAAACCAACCUCGCAUCGAGCCCUCCACCUCCACCUCCACCUCCACCAGCAAAACCAAUCCUACAACCCCCUUUCACAUCCCCCCCACCAUCCCCUCCCUCCCCAUAAUCUCCACCCUCUACCCAGCGCUCCUCCUCCUAACCCUCCGCCUCCUAACGACGCACUACCCUCUCUCCCACUACCCCUCCACCCUCCUCCCCCGCAUCCGCUCCCUAGGCCUCCGCUCCUAUGUGCUAGGAACCAGCACCCAACUGUACAACACCCUCCUCCUGCACCGGUGGAGCGUGUAUUCGGACCUGCCAACCAUGGACCGGCUCCUGCACGAGAUGGAGCGCGGCGGCAUCGACUUCGACGCCGAGACCAUCAGCAUCAUCGAGCGGGCGGCGGUCGACGAGCGGAAGUGGAAGGCCGAGGCGAUGAGCAAACUGCAAGGCUUGAGCAGGAAGGCCAGGUCGAAGAUAUUGAUGAAGAAAGGCCCCUUGGGCGGCCAGGCGGAGGGUGCCAGUGCCGGGAAACGCGCUACCGCGUGGUGGGAGGCUGAGGUGACGCUGAAGUGGUUUGAGAGGAUUACCGCCACGGAGGGGUGGAGGCGGGUGAGGGAGCGGAGGGUCGGUGGGGCGGAGGCGGUGGUGGAGAGGGAGUAUGCCGGUAGUAUUGCUGGUGGCGAGGUGGAGAUGGAACCGAGGGUGAUGCUGGGGUAG